UUAGCUAAAUAAUUAUUAGAUUUUUAGUAAUCAAGUUAAAGUCACCAAUUUUAACAUCACCCUGUAUAAGGGAGUAUCAAAGUGGUGGCGAAAUUUCUUUUUAUCAGUACUUCCCUAUCGCUAGCCAGAGCGACACUGUCCGCACUCAAUGGGCAUUAUCUAACAUGUCGGCUUUAUAGUGUAAAGGUCAUUAUAAAAUGUAGUAAGAAUCAAAACAAAUAUCGUACUCGAGAAAAAGUGACACUUAAACGAGAAUGUCGUUUAUAAACGACAGCCAGUACGAAAACAAUUCAUUUUCUUUCUUCGGGCCCGUGGGGAUGGCUUUUUUUGAAGAUGGAACAGUUUUGGACGACACUUAUCCGGUCAAAAUAGUCGUGAGCUGUUUCUUGGGACUCUUCAUGAUGUUGAGCCUCAUCGGCAACAUUUGCACUUUGACGGUUAUCGGCCGGGACCGCUCUAUGAGGACGCCUACAAACUGCUAUCUCGCAAACAUCGCUUUAAUAGACCUGCUGACCGCUCUAUUCAUCCCAAUUGAAAUAUACAUCAUCUUUAUCCCAGACUUCUAUCCCUUAGGGGAAGUAGGCUGUCGGAUACAUUUCAUCCUUUGGGACGUGUUAAGUAACUGUAGCCUUUUGAUAAUAACAGCGUUUACGAUAGAGCGGUACAUUAUAGUGACGAAACCUUUUUUGAGACAAAAAUUGUCGCUGAAUUCUCGCGUCUUCAAAAUUGUGGGCGUUAUUUGGCUGGUAUCCCUAAGUUUCUGUAUUCCUGACGUCUUUUAUAUAGAUCUGCUUGAAAGAAAGGAAUACGUGUUUUGUUAUUAUAAGUUGACGAGUAUUGUUAAUAUUGUUGUUGCAAUCGAGAUAUUUGUUUGCUUCCUGAUGCCGAUGACCAUUAUAUCGGUGUUGUACAUUAAGAUGCUGAUUGCGUUGAGGUCUGCGAAGAUUAAGUUGCGGAGUAGCCCGGUGGUAGGCAAGCAGAACAGAGAUAAGGCAGUCAAAAUGAUCGCGGCAGUGGCAGCUACUUUCUUUCUAGCUUGGUCACCAUAUUGCGUCCUGCGCAUAAUGACAGUACUGCCUAAAUGUAAUUACGAAGAUUAUUACAAUGUGUGGAAAAUAAUGAACUAUUUAUGCUACAACGCGUACAUGGCGACUGCAGUCAAUCCCAUUGUCUACAGUUUGAUGUCACGAAAGUUUCGUCAGGCCUUUAAAGAUUUGCUGAAGAGCCCUCGAACCCUCGGUCGAAGAAGGUUAACAUCAGUACGCAACUCUAUAGUUUAAAUUAUAUUUAACAUCCAUUUUUGUUUUAUAGUUAUGUAGCGACUUGUGUAUGUGCAUGCAU